UUUUUUUAUUUUCUUGAGAUGGAAUCACACUCUGUCGCCCAGGCUGGAGUGCAGUGAUGUGAUCUCAGCUCACUGCAACUCCCGCUCCACGCGCCCCCUCCCCCGUUUCAAGGGAUUCUCCUGCCUCAGCCUCCCAAGCAGUUGGGACUACAGGCGCACACCACCACACCCAGCUAAUUUUUGUAUUUUUAGUAGGGACCGGGUUUCACCAUGUCUGCCAGGACGGUCUCAAUUUCUUGACCUCCUGAUCUGCCCGCCUUGGCCUCCCAAAGUGCUGGGAUUACAAGCCUGAGCCAGCACGCCCGGCCUAUUUUUUUUUUUUUUGAGACAGGGUUUCAACAUAUUGGCAAGGCUGGUCUCAAAUCCUGACUUUGUGAUCCUCCUGCCUUGGCCUCCCAAAGUGCUGGAAUUACAGGCAUGAGUCACUGUACCUGGCCUAUGCCCAAUUUUUCUUAGCAAAGAAUGGAAAAGCUUGUGGGUCAACCUUAAGGAUAGUAACUUUCAUUUACAAAUGAGUUAACAAAUUUCUGCUGCUGGUACCGUAUUUGCCACUCAGUAGCAUUCAAAAGUUUCACUAGAUUACUUUAUAAUGGAGGAUGAAUCACAAAUAUCUAGGAUCCUCCCCCAUUAAAUUCUUGACAGAAGACCCACAAAGAUCAUCUUUAAACCCCUUUUCUGCUCCUAUGACUAUUUAAGUCCCACCAAGUUAGUUAGCUUUUUAAAGCUCACAUCUCUUGAUCAGUGUAGAGGCAACAUGCCAUAUGUAGGUAAAAAAUCAACCCACGGUAGGGAUCAAGUGUACUGAAGCUUCAGUUAGGAGUAAGUGGUUCCAGUUUUGGAUUGAGGACCCUAGUCAAUGAUGAUCCUAUUUUGUAAUCCAGUUGUAAGAUAUCUGGGGAGCAGAGGGAAAAAAGUUAACGCUAUGGAGUUGUCACUCCAACUGAAGAAAAAUUAUUAAUAGAAGGAGCAGAACUUCAGUUCUGGAAAACUUUUUUUUUCUUUUGAGACAGAGUCUUGCUCUGUCGCCCAGGCUAGAGUGCAAUGGUGAGAGGCUCAUGGCAAACAGUGCCUUCUGGGUUCAAGCGAUUCUCCUGCCUCAGCCUCCCGAGUAGCUGGGAUUACAGGCACGCACCACCACACCUGGCUACUUUUGUAUUUUUAGUAGAGAAGGGGCUUCACCAUGUUGGCCAGGUUGGUCUCAAACUCCUGACCUCAGGUGAUCCACCCACCUCCGCCUCCCAAAGGGCUGGGAUUACAGGUGUGAGCCAGCACGCCGGGCCAAGUUUUGGAAAACUUUUAGUAAGGCUGAAGGCUUAGGCAUGUUUUGACCAUUUGUAACUAGUAAUGACACUCAUCACAAGGUACCCACAAAAUUCACUGCCAGUCACCCUGCUACGUCAAAGCCUCUCCUACUUCAGAACCUACCUAGCCAUAAUUUUAACUGACAUUUUAGCAACAAAACUUUUAUUUGAAGAUAUCCUUGAGCCACAAAUCUCUCUGGAUUUAGAUUUCAAGCAGUAGAAAAUAAGAUGGUUUAACCUGCAAUUCAGUAAAAGAACUUCACAUCAAACUUCAAUCUUUAAGAAGCUGCUACAGCUAUACUGUAAGGUUAAGAGUUUAUUCUUUCAAAGCAGGUCUCCUCAUCUCUUAAACCCUAUAUAUAUUAAGUAGAUAAAAACUGCAAUUUCUAUUUUGGUAGCAUUUAGGAUCUACAAAAGUGAUCUUUCAAUUACUUGGAAUUUCAAAAUAGAGGUUACCUAGUAACAAUGCAUCAGUAGAACACAAAAUACUCUGAUUUUGUUUAGUCUGUAGGGGGAAAAACAUCUUUAAACUGGAAAGAUUCUGUAGCCUUAUGAAGAUUAUUACAUUGGAAUUGGAAUUACUGUAGUUCGUUUUUCCCUCUAGGAGGGCAGCCAUUUCUCUACAAGUUUUGUAAAAGUUAAGACUCGGAUUUCAAAAUGCAAGCAGAUGUUGAUGAAGCAUACGAAAUGGGCAACUCCAUUUCUAUUUCGGAGCCGCAGUGACUCCGACUUUGUGCCCCAAGCCUGUAAAGCACAAAACCUCAUCCCUUUGGUGUAAACCUUCAAGAGAAGUGGGGCAGCACACUUCAGGCUUUUCACCAACAGGCUGGCGACAUGCUAGGUCAGGGUGUCCGGAGAAUCGGGGCUGAAUGGGAGAGAUCUUGAGGGCAAGAGCCUCAGAGACCUUCAGGCACCGGGCUCGUGAAGGUUUCCACGUGCCCCUAUCUAGCUGGUCCCAGGGGGAAUUAGUGGUUGCUACAGUAGUUUAAGACGGCCGUGGUUUUUCGCAACCCGGGCGGCGAGAUGGCGCUUUGGUGUAAGCGAGGUAAGGUGGGUGCACUGGGAUCUCCGCUCUCGGAGCCUCCAGUUGACUGCCACGCCGACUUGCGGCCAGACCUGCGACCUCCGCCCUCCCCCGCGGCGCCAGCCUCUGGAAUCUGGCGUCGCCCCCACUUCUCCAGUCGAAGUGGGAGUCCCUCUGUGCGGGACCUCGCCGCCAUACCCAGGCCGAAUGGGGGUGGGGAAGGAAGUUGGCAGAGCUCGGCCUCAGGAUCUGCGCCCCUGUGGAAGGACGGCAGAGGAGAGCCGUUUCACCAGCCUCUCCCGUGCUAGGGUCUCGGGAAACACGCGGCUAGAAGAACUACAAUCCCCAGCAGGCACCGCGCGUCCAGGCUAUCUCCUCCCCCCAUCUUAGUGGCCUGAGCGGCUUGACCACAGCUGCUGCAACUGCAGCAAGAGGUAGGGCUGAGGCGUUGGGAAUUGCACCGACAGGCAGUCGCACAGAAAGACACACAGAUGUAGUGGUGUGCAUAGCCCUUGACAGCGAAUAGCAGGUGUCACUAGUUCCAGGUGUCUGCUGAAAGAUUUGGAACGGAAGAUGAUGGCCACUCCGAACCAGACCGCCUGUAAUGCAGAGUCACCAAUAGCCCUGGAGGAGGCCAAGACCUCUGGUGCCCCGGGGAGCCCCCAAACACCCCCUGGGCCUCAUGACUCUGGUGGUUCCCUGCCCCUGACACCCCGGAUGGAGAGCCACUCAGAGGAUGAAGAUCUUGCUGGGGCUGUCGGUGGCCUGGGCUGGUACAGUAGGAGUCCCCGGACCCAGAACCCAGGGGGCUGCUCAGCGGAGGCUGUUCUGGCCCGGAAGAAACACCGUCGGCGGCCGUCCAAGCGCAAACGGCACUGGCGACCCUACCUGGAGCUGAGCUGGGCUGAGAAACAACAGCGGGAUGAGAGGCAGAGCCAGAGGGCCUCCCGGGUCCGCGAGGAGAUGUUCGCCAAAGGCCAGCCCGUGGCCCCCUACAACACCACCCAGUUCCUGAUGAAUGACCGAGACCCGGAGGAGCCCAACUUGGAUGUGCCCCAUGGGAUCUCCCACCCAGGUUCCAGUGGGGAGAGUGAGGCUGGGGACAGUGAUGGGCGGGGCCGAGCGCACGGUGAGUUCCAGCGGAAGGACUUCUCUGAGACUUACGAGCGCUUCCACACUGAGAGCCUGCAGGGCCGCAGCAAGCAGGAGCUGGUGCGAGACUACCUGGAGCUGGAGAAGCGGCUGUCGCAGGCAGAGGAGGAGACUAGGAGGCUGCAGCAGCUGCAGGCGUGUACUGGCCAGCAGUCCUGCCGCCAGGUGGAGGAGCUGGCUGCCGAGGUCGAGAGGCUCCGGACUGAGAACCAGCGGCUUCGGCAGGAGAACCAGAUGUGGAACCGAGAGGGCUGCUGCUGUGAUGAGGAGCCGGGUACCUAGGGGUGCCUCCCAGCCUGGUGGACCCAAGGAGAAGGUCCCAUUUUGUGCACACUCAGGCCAGCUGGGUCUCAAGGAGGCAGGUGGCAGAUGAAAACCACCGUCAACACCCUUUGCCCCCUGAGAACGGCUAAAUUGGUUCAGACUCCCACCUCACCGUUUCCACAGUUGGCUCUUUCGUGUCAUCUUACUCUUUACAGAUAAAUUAAAUGGUCUUAGUGGGACCAAAUGGGA